AUGUCGGCACCCACGAAGACUUACGCAGUGCUCGGCGCCACUGGCAAUUGUGGUUCUGCAUUGAUCGAGAACCUUCUGGACCGACCUGACGCCAAUGUUCACGCCUAUUGUCGCAAUAAAGCGAAGCUUCUCAAAAGAUUCCCAGACUUGGACGACAAGAAGGAUCGAAUUCGAAUCUUUGAGGGCAGCAUUCAGGAUACAGAAUUAUUGACAUCAUGCGUUAGCUCUUGUCAGGCUAUCUUCCUAUGCGUCUCGACAAACGACAAUAUUCCAGGAUGUCGCAUGGCUCAAGAUGUGGCCGCUGCCAUUGUGGGGGUCCUCAAGCGCCAGCGUGAUGAGAGCAUUGCACGUGGGCAACCAGUUCAGCUGCCCAAGCUUUUGCUGCUGUCAUCGAACACAACAGUUGAGCAUUUUGCGAAGCAACUUCCUCAACCUUUGGUCUGGGUGCUCCGGCAAUCGGCAUCUUACGUCUAUCACGACCUGAUCGAAACGGAGAAGCUUCUCCGGGCAGAAGAGUCGUGGCUGACCACGAUCUACAUCAAACCUGGAGCUCUGUCGGUUGACGCUCAGCGCGGACACUCCCUCAGCCUUACAAUGUCCGAUGGUCCGCUAUCAUAUCUUGACUUGGCUGCAGGGAUGAUUGAGGCUGCUGAUAGUCCGCGUGGAGGAUGGGACCGCCGCAAUGUGGCUGUCAAUCCAGUUGCCGGAGGCAAAGCGAGCUUCCCAAGCGGUACGCCGAUGUGCAUCUUGCUCGGCCUAUUGAGGCACUAUCUGCCCUCUCUGCAUCACGCUCUGCCAGCAAAUACUGGUCCUUGA